CAAUACGUCCCUAUCUUUCCGAUUUGUUUCGUAUCUACCUGCUACCUACCUCCUAUAUCGCUAAUACAACCUAUAAACUUAUCCACAUGUCGAACACUCGAGUUGACUGAGUCGUAAUGGAGGAUCCGAUAGAAACUAAUGAGCAGGGCGAGCGGCGAAAAGCCAGACGGACUGCAAACGCCUGCCAACCCUGCCGUCAAAGCAAGAUAAAAUGCUCCGGCGACGACCCUUGUCAGAACUGUAAAAGACGGUCUAUUCGAUGUCAUUUUGCUGAAGGAGGCAAUAAAAUCAUUGUGUCUGAAAAGUAUCUACAACAGUUACAAAAACAAGCAGGGGAAAAUUUGCGCUCCCCAUCCGCAAGCAACCCCGAAUCACCAACACGAGCUGAAUGCCAAUAUCGCUCACCCGUCACAAGACCCUCGCCAUCAACCCAAUCCCGCGGGCCGUCGCCUGUACCGCGUAUGGCCACCUCGCAAGGCGUGCCAUCAAUGAGACGAAGAUGCUCCACCAAUUCUACGUUUACGUAUAACAGGAACGCUAGUGAUAGUGGUGUUGAUACCAGCCUUGUUUCCCCAGCGCCUACUAUUGACGUCUCCCAACGACCUGAAAUAUCCUCUGGUCCCGCUACCGUACCCGAAUACCAUCAUGUUAAUUCGUCACUUCGGGUUUGGUCUAACCCAUUUAUAACACCAUCCAAGAUCAUCAAGAAUACUUGCAGAAAUAGACGAACUUGGAUAUGGCUUGCUCCAUGGUCGACAUGGUCGUUCACGAUUAGGUUGAUGCUUAUGCUUCGCGAGAAGCUACACCCCGAAGAUCCUUCGAUCCCGUCCUGUCUAAUCGACCCUGACUUAUGGACCUUAACAUGGAGGACUUCAUCAUCGGAUCUUCCCGAUUUCAGCGGUUUGCCCUCAGUAGAACAUGCUAUCUUUCUUCUUAAUACUGUCAAAUUCCACAUCGGGCAGACAUAUCGAUUCUUCAAUGAAUCAGAGAUGGAGAGUCAGAUACGAAAUUUUUAUUCCAACGCUCUCCACAAGGCCGGCGAAUGUCGCCUAUGGUUCGUCAAGUUUCUUCUAAUUCUUGCCUUUGGGACAGCAUUUCAGGCACCUCCUACUACUAGCCAAGAGCCACCCGGCGCCAAGUUUUUCACGCGCGCGAUGGGCCUCUUACCCGACCCCUCUUCCCUCUGGAAAGAUAGCAUAUUAGCAAUCGAGGUCCUAGCCCUUGUGGGACUUUAUCUAUUCUCAAUUGAUGAAAGGGAGUCAGCAUAUCUUUAUCUUGGACAAGCAGUACACAUCGCCUUAUUCGAAGGGCUUCACACCCAGUUACCAGAACACGACCUGGGCGUAGAAACCGUCGGUACGUGCCGCGACUUAUGGUGGACACUGUACCUCAUGGAUAGACAUUUUUCAUCCUCUGUUGGACUUCCCAUGUCGGUACAAGACAGCGAUAUUACUACCCCUGUCAAUCCACCCAACUCAGGUUCACGAGGAGAAAGUUUCCGCACCCUCCAAGUAAACCUCUCACACUUAUUAUCAGUUAUAUUAACUACGGUAUAUAAACCAAAAAUAACCCCUCUAGCGACAUUUCUGGAACAGACAAGAUCCAUUCUGCAUACAUUAGCGCAUCAGGCCCAGGAAAUAGAAAGGAUUGUUUGCCUUAUGCAAAACUCAGUGGGAACCAUGCCUCGAGAUACGCGUCACCUGACGCUAAUGUAUCAUCAGUGUGUCAUUGUUGCCACGCGCCCACUUCUUCUAUCGGUUCUCAAAGAAAGAUUGGAUACGUUGGGAUACCCAGGUGAUGAGAACUGCGAAACUUUUCUAGCCCAGACAGGAACUGUCAUCUCUAUAGGCAUUAAAUCAGCUGCCAAAUCGCUCCGCAUUUUAACAAGCGAAUAUAGUCUUUUAGAAGCAUUUCUACCGUAUGAUGUUGAAUUCACUUUCGGGGCCGCUCUCCACCUAACCAUGGCUAACGCUAUUUUCCCUGGUAUUUUCGAUUACCAAAGCUGUCGCCAGCUAGCACAUCAAACCUUGGAUGGCUUAAUAUCGAGAGGAAACCGAGUGGCUCGAGCGAGGCAACUAGAGUUAUGCCAUCUGGAGAUCUUGUAUCAAGAGUUGGCGGCCAAAACUCAACAACAGGGUCAUCAGAUGCUGCACCUCUUUUGCCCGGAGGGAACGAUAGUUGACCCUAUGAGAAGAGAAAAUCAGGAUCAUAGCAGGGUUCUCAUGACAGAGAACGAUCCAACCACACUAACAGCUGCUGCGGAUCCGGGGCAUCCGUUACACCCCUUAAAUCCGCAUGUAACAAGUAACAUGGAGUUUCUUGACAAUAUUGGUAUCUCAUCCGAAGAAUUCCUUUCCAUCGUGCAAGAGAUAGGGGAUCCAGGGACUCUCCCAGAGAAUAUGUUGACAUUAGUUUAGUGGGUGGCGCGAACAUAGUGGGGAUUGAUUGCCCCUCGCUUAACGAGGGGGGGUCGGGUUAGGGGGCAGACGAUAGCGUAUUACCGCUAAAAUGUUAGCGCAUGAAGCACCAAAUCCAGAUGAGCUUCAGUGAACAGCUCCUAAUAAUUUCAGAAAUACGGCGCACAAUUACAGGUUUAAUACUCUUUGUAAGAUUCCAGGUUUGAAUCAUACUUAUUUUUGUACAAUUCGUGGUUGAAAGUCGCUUGCUACCUAUGUGUGAGUGACCUAAGUAUUUCAAAACACACCUGAACCAGAGGGUUUCUCAUCCCCUCUGGCGAUGCUUAAUUCAUCUUGAAUAGCAUGUUGAAGCGCUGUAUAGUCCGUAACGGAGACAAUCAUGUCAUAGCCAUACCCCGCAAAUUCCCUCGCUUGUUGCGCGUCCUUACAGUAUAUACCACAUUUCUUCCCUGCCUUGCGAGUUGCGGCUAAGAUUCUUGCUAACGCUGUUUUCAACUCAGGGCCGAUAACACCUUUCUGUACGGGAUGUCCGAUGUUAUUACCUAUAAGAAUUAGAAUUAUCUUUCG